AUGGAGCUGGAUGAGUGCGUCCACACCUUAACUGAGAGCUUUGAGCCCUUUGCGCCUGAAGCUCGCCCAGGUGAUCGGUUACUGGACCGCCAUGCGGACCGUCUCCACUUUGACGAGCGCAAUCCUACCCAGGAUAGGCGCCCAUAUCUUGCUGAGCUCAUUGUGAAAGCGAGGGCCAACCCUUCAACAGUACUGGCUGCAACUGAUGACUCUGUCCCUCAGUUCAACCAGUAUCAGGCGGCUUCAGCAGCCAUCAUCUACAAGGGACAUCGCGAGCUCGAAAGGACUUGCUAUGUCUCUGGCAGAGUUACCGCCCCUGAUGUGGAACUCAAUGCCAUCUCGUAUGCAGUGUGCCUUGCUGUCAAGCAGGCAAACUGCCAACAUAUUAUGGUCUUUACUGACUCUAUGGGCUCAGCCCACAGAGCAGUGGACCCCUCCAUGCACUCUGGUCAGGCUUUUAGCCUGUCGGUCUGUCGCGCUCUCCAAGAGUGGUUUGAGGCAGAUGAUCUUCACCGCAUCACCUUCAUCUAUGUUCCAUCUGCAUUGCGGUGGGAUAUCCAUGGUGAGGCACACAAGUAUGUCACUGAACUCAAAGUCAGGGUUGGAUGUCGCAAGACGGCCAAUUCUAUAGACAUGCUCCGCUCUCGAGCUACACACUCAGUCCUGGAUUCAUGGAGUUCCACUUCCAAGGAUCCAACUUAUUGCGGCUCUGAAUUCUUGGAGCUUCAAUGGCCUGACAGGUGGCCAAUCCAACCAUUGUACCUCAAUGGGGGACCUUGGAUUUCAACAUUGGGACACAGUAUUACUGAGUUUGCUCACAUUUGCCAGUGUAUAACUGGCCACAUGCCCAUCAGAGCAUACUACUGUCGCUUCAAGAUUAACGAGCCUCAUGGCUGCACUUGCGGGGCUGCUUUGCAGUCUUGUCAGCACAUCCUCUUUUGCUGCCGCGAUAGAUAUUCUGUACACUAUCCCUGUUUUCUCAGGGAUAUUGCAUUGUUUUUGAAGCACAACCCCAUGGCGUUUGGCUUCAACUGGGACCCCUCGGGUGUCGGGUGA